AUGAAGCGUCGUCGACACCAUUGGUGGAUUUUUAUCUCGCUAAUUUUUGGAGCCAAAUUUGGUGCGAGUUUGGUCAAUGAAUGGGGUGAUGACGUGCAAAAUGAGGGCGAAAUUGAUGAGAAAUUGAGAAAUUAUCAAAAGUAUCGAGGUGAGGAGUACUGUAGGGCGCGAAAAAAAUUGAAAAAAAAAUUUUUGUUAGUUCCCACCGGGGCUCGAACCAUUGACCUUUUUCUUGGUAAUUUUAAGAAUUUCCCGAUAAAAAUGCCUAUCAUUUUUUAUCCCAAAAUUCAAAAUUAAAAAAAAAUUUUGUUAGUUCCCACCGGGGCUCGAACCCUCAACCUUUAUCUUGAUAAUUUUGAGAAUUUCACGAUAAAAAUGCCUAUCAUUUUUCAUCCCAAAAUUCAGAAUUCAAAAAAAAAAAUUUUUUUGUUAGUUCCCACCGGGCCUCGAACCCUCGACCUUUUUCUUGAUAAUUUUGAAAAGUUCCCGAUAAAAAUGCCUAUCAUUUUUAGUGUCAAAAUUCAGAAUUCAAAAAAAAAAAUUUUUUUUUGUUAGUUCCCACCGGGGCUCGAACCCUCGACCUUUUUCUUGGAAAUUUUGAGAAUUUUCCGAUAAAAAUCCCUAUCAUUUGUUAUCCCAAAAUUCAGAAUUCAAAAAAAAAUUUUUGUUAGUUCCCACCGUGGCUCGAACCCUUGACCUUUUUCUUGGUAGUUUUGAGAAGUUCCUGAUUAAAAUCCCUAUCAUUUUUUAUCCCAAAACUCAGAAUUCAAAAAAAAAAUUUUUUUUUCGUUAGUUCCCACCGUGGCUCGAACCCUCGACCUUUUUCUUGGAAAUUUUUUAAUGCUUAUUUGGUGUCAAAAAACAGCGAAUCGCGUCAAGACCUCCUAAAUUUUCCCGCCAAAAUCAUAUUUUCAAAUUUUCCAGCUCAAGACGACGACGAUUUUUCGCGCCAAAAACGAGCAUUCGGCAAAAAAGACUAUUUGCUUCCGGAGAAUUUCAAAACGCUGAAACGAAAUGAUAUUCCGGUCACUUAUCGAUUACACGAUGAUUUACUACGGUAUUAUAGGUAUGUUCCUUUAAAAUUCGGGGGAAAAUAGCAAGUGCGCUCUAUUGAACUAUUGAUUUUCUGGGGGAAAAUUUGAAUUUUUAGUGAAAAAAGCAUGUGCGCUCCAAUGAUAAUUUGCAAAAUUUGAGGAAAAUUUGAAUUUUUAUUGAAUAAAGCAUGUGCGCUCUAAUGAACUAUUGAUUUUCUGGGGGAAAAUUUGAAUUUUUAGUGAAUAAAGCAUGUGCGCUCCAUUGAUAAUUCGAUUUUUCAUUCAAAAAUUCAAAUUUUACAAUUAUCAAGUUCGCUCUAUUGAGAAUUUUCCUGUGUAGUUCUCUCGGAGAAGUUUUCUACUAAUGUAAAAACAUUUAAUUGCGCUCUAUUGAGAAUUGUAUUUGUGUAGUUCCCUCGGAGGAAAAUUUAAAAUAAAUCCUGAUUCUUCAAGUGCGCUCCAAUGAUAAUUUGCAGAUUUUGAGGAAAAUUUGAAUUUUUAGAUUUUUUUUCAAGUGCGCUCUAUCGAAAUAUCGAUUUUUCAUUCGAAAAUUCAAAUUUUACAAUUCACAAAUGCGCUCUAUUGAUAAUUUUCCUGUGUAGUUCUCUCGGAGAAGUUUUCUACGAAUGUGAAAAGAUUCAAUUGCGCUCUAUUGAGAAUUGUAUUCGUGUAGUUCUCUUGGAGGAAAAUUUGAAAUAAAUCCACGUUCUUCAAGUGCGCUCCAAUGAUAAUUUGCAAAAAUUGGAAUUUUCAGCAAGUGCGCUCCAUUGAGACUUUAUAUUUUCUUGGAAAUUUUAAAUUUUUAGAUUUUUUGCCGCCAAAAAAACUGCAAAUCCUACUGUAGCGCUCCCUAAUUUCCUCUUAGUUUCCAUGUGUUUUUUUUUUUUUGGGAGUGAAGUUCCUUUUAAGGAACCUCUCCCGAAAAAAAAGUGAAAUUGAGUGGAAGUGCCUUUUUCUGGAGCAGAGGAGCAAAAUAAUACAAUUGUUUUUUUUCCAAACUUUUUUUGAGCCCAAAAAAAAAGAAAAAGGAAAUUAUGGGGGUUCUUUUGAGAGAAAUUUCUAAGUUUUUUGAAUUUUUCGAAGGAAAAUCAAAAUUUCAAUGGAGCGCACUUGAAAAAACUCUAAAAAUUUAAAUUUUUCUCAAAAAUUGCAAAUUAUCAAUAGAGCGCACUUGAAGAAUCAGGAUUUAUUUUAAAUUUUCCUCCAAGAGAACUACACAGGAAAAUUCUCAAUGGAGCGCACUUGCUAAUUGAAAAUUUUGAAUUUUUGAAUGAAAAAUCAAUACUUCAAUAGAGCGCACUUGCAAAAAGCCCAAAAAAUUCAAAUUUUCCCUCAAAAAUUGAAAAUUAUCAAUGGAGCGCACUUGAAGAAUCAGGAUUUAUUUCAAAUUUUCCUCCAAGAGAACUACACAGGAAAAUUCUCAAUAGAGCGCAAUUGGAGCUUUUUACAUUAGUAGAAAACUUCUCCGAGAGAACUACACAGGAAAAUUAUCAAUGGAGCGCAUUUGCUAAUUGAAAAAUUUGAAUUUCUCGAAGAAAAAUCGAAAUUUCAAUAGAGCGCACUUGAAAAAAUACCAAAAAUUCAAAUUUUCCCUCAAAAAUUGCAAAUUAUCAAUGGAGCGCAUUUGCAAAACCCCAAAAAAUUCAAAUUUUCCUCAAAAAUUGCAAAUUAUCAAUGGAGCGCACUUGCUAAUUGAAAAAUUUGAAUUUUUCGAAGGAAAAUUGAAAGUUCAGUAGAGCGCACUUGCUAGACCCCAUAAAAAUUCAAAUUUUCCUCAAAAAUUACAAAUUGUCAAUAGAGCGCAAUUGAUGCUUUUCACAUUAGUAGAAAACUUCUCCAAGAGAACUACACAGGAAAAUUCACAAUGGAGCACACUUGCUAAUUGCAAAAUUUGAAUUUUUCGAAGAAAAAUCGAAAUUUCAAUAGAGCGCACUUGCUAAAAGUUAUAAAAAUUUAAAUUUUCCCUCAAAAAUUGCAAAUUAUCAAUGGAGCGCACUUGCCAGACCCUAGAAAAAUUCAAAUUUUCUUCCAGAAAAGGCACACGUCCUGUUACUCAUCCAAAUAACGUGAUUUCGGUGUCGAUGAGCGUAUUUUUGUAUCAAAUUGUGAAGCUGGUGAGUUGUUUUUUGGCGCCAAAAUUUGAAUUUUUGAAUUUCGCGCCAUUUUUUUUUGGCGCCAAAAAAUUAAAAAAGAAACCCGUGUUUUUAUUUUUCAGGAUGCCGUCAAAAAUACAAUAAGUCUUUCGGGAAGUUUUGAGUUGGUGAGUUCUUAG